CUCCUUCUGAUAAUACAGAGCGGAUCGUCUCUUUCACUGACGGCGAGGCUUGGGUUCGUUCUACCGGGUGACAGAAUUCUCCUCGUCGUGGGAGGAUGGCUUCCGAGGAGAGGAAACAGCUGAAGGACGACAGAGUGCCGGUGUAUCUCCGUGUAUGCCCUAGCUCCGGGAAGACUGAGAGAGUUGUCGAAGUCAUCGACGACACAAGAAUAAAAAUCACCGGUGAACCCGAGAGCGCGUAUCGUCUGGGUACAUUCAAUUUCGUCUUUCCGGAACAUGCAAGCCAGGAGAGGGUUUUCAGAAAAUCGACAUUACCGCAUAUCGAGAGUCUUCUCAAGGAGAACACGAAUGCUCUUGUCAUGGCUUAUGGAGCAUCUGGUUCGGGGAAGACACAUACUCUCAGCGGCAGUGAAGGUUCACCUGGCCUGCUUCAGAUGACUGUUGGAUUCUUCUUGAACCAGCUUGAAAGCAGCACAGAUAUCGCCAAGUGUACGCCCCGUAACUUUGAUGACGUGUCCUGUGAUGCUGCCCCAACCUCCGGGGCGGCCUCUUCCGGAAUUUGGAUAUCGGUCGUUCAAAUCUACAACGAAGUACUCACGGAUCUCCUGAACGAGUCGCAAAUGAAACCAUUGACCAUUGCCCAGGACAGUCGGGGUCGUUGCUUUGUGCGAGACGCCAGCUGGCUAGAGUUGCGAUCUGAGAAGGAAGCUCUGCGUGUCCUGCAGACAGCCAGGGGCCGCCAGAGUGUCGCGUCCACGAAACUGAACGAAUCAUCAUCACGAGCACACUUCGCUGUUUUCCUGAAGAUCAUUCACAAGGUUAAGGGCCAGAUCAGAGUCAACCAGGUCGCCAUCGUCGAUUUAGCUGGUACCGAGAGACAAACUGCGACUGGGAGCUCGGGUGUUGUUCUGCGUCAAGCCGGCUUCAUAAACUCUUCGCUCCUCGUGCUCAGACGUUGCAUCGACGCUCUGAGGAAAGGGUACCAGCCGAUCCCGUACCGGGAUAGCAAACUCACAAGACUUUUGAGUCCUUUCUUCAAUUUGACCCAGACUCGUGUUGCUCUGAUUGUAUGCAUAAGCGCCAGAAAUGAUCGACUCGCAGACACGCUUGGUUCCAUAAAGUUUGCAGUCACCGCUACGGAGUUAGUACAUCCGCAAGAAAUUGUGAAACGGAUUCGAGAAACUCGGAGAAAAUCUGGGGAAUGCCAGACAUCGAGAAUUUCCCUUCCGAGAGCGGAUGUCAUGGAGCUGCCGCUGACCGUUUACAACGAGAUGCAGACUGAUCUACGAACCGCGGAAAAGUUGGCCAUCGAGAACGAGGAAUUGCGUCGACGGAUCCAAACACUUGAGGAGUCAAUGGAAAAUACGAAGCUGAUGUACAUGGAUAAAAUGGCGAUCCAGCGGAAGGAGCAACGCGCGGCGAUGAAAGCGCUCCGGGAAGAGCAAGAUGUUUUGAGGAAAUCCAUACAAGACGAGCUAGUGCAGGAGCUGGAUGAGGUCACCGAAAAGAACACCAAAUACAAGAAACAAGGCCGAAUGAUGGCCGCCCUCAUUCGCGAGAGACUCUAUCCUGAACUCGAACUGUUCCGCAAUCGUUUCGGUCACUUGGAAGAAUUCCCGCCCUUGGAGAGGGAGGAUAUUCCCUCGUUCGCACCCCAGGAUGAGGCUUGCUCUCAUUGUCGGACUCUGGAGCAAAAUUACAACGAAGCAUCAAACAAACUCCAAAAACAGAUUCACCUCAAUGAGAGGCUUGUCGCACAAUUCCGUUCCGAGCGAGAGUUGAGAAUCCUGCUUCAGGAAAGGAUCCGUGUACCGGUACAAACGGUCUGCGCCAGCGGCGUCUGGAAAAUGCAAUCUUCAUCAAUGGAGCUAACCUGUCAGGACGGGGCUCAAAUCUCGCACACCAGUAUCCAGGGGGGUGAGCACAACAGUGCAAAUAGUGGGGAUUCGGGUAACGAGACCCAUGCGUGCAGCGAGGGAUCGCUCGAGGACGACGUCAGCCAAUCGCAAGCAGAGAUCCAACGGCUCCGAGAGACCGUGGUCCAUCAAAUGCAGCUGCUGGACCAGAGAGAAAUCGUGUUGCAAGAAUCCGAGGGGAGGUUCCGAGACCUUGAGGAAAAACUUUCCGAAGCCCGGCUUGAGCUGAAUUCUACCCAGAUGCUCCUCAGGCAAUCAGAGGUUGCCCGCGAAACUCUGAAGCAGCGUCAGCAGGUAGAUGUCGCGAUCUACAUGCCUACAUAG